CGUAAGCCUUACACGCACCCUUUCAUUUGCUCUCUCCUUUCAAAUAUUCUUUCUUCAGUAGUCCUUUCUGUUUCAGCAGCAAAAAAUGGAAACGGGCGGAAAAGUGAAGAAGGGAGCUGGGGGAAGGAAAGGCGGCGGCCCCAAGAAGAAACCGGUUUCCCGAUCGGUUAAAGCCGGUCUGCAGUUUCCGGUGGGUAGAAUCGGCCGGUACUUGAAGAAGGGACGCUACUCUCAGCGGGUGGGAACUGGUGCCCCGGUGUACAUGGCUGCUGUGCUCGAGUAUCUUGCUGCUGAGGUUUUGGAAUUGGCUGGAAAUGCUGCAAGAGACAACAAGAAGAACAGGAUUAUCCCAAGACAUGUGCUACUUGCUGUGAGGAACGAUGAAGAACUUGGAAAGCUUCUUGCCGGAGUUACAAUUGCACAUGGAGGAGUUCUACCAAACAUCAACCCUGUUCUGUUGCCCAAGAAGUCGGAGAAGGCUGCAGAGAAGACACCUAAAUCGCCAUCAAAGGCAACCAAAUCUCCUAAGAAAGCUUGAAAUUUGGUUCUACUGGAGUGAGGAAUCAAAUGAAAAUUUGUUGUUUUUCUAGAGGUUUGAGUUGUUUGUAUGUAAUUUGAACUGAUGAUGUUGGUAUGUAGGAAAGGUUGUUUCUAAAUGGAUUAGUCUCUUGAACUUUCUCCCCUUUAACUCUUCCUUGUUAGAUUUAUCAAUGAUUUUACAUUGAACGGGAAAA